ACAGUAUGUCCGUGAUAAUAAACAGUAAUAGUCUUCUCUUUUAAUUCUUUUUAUUUCGAUUUUAAAGUAUUUUUAAUAUUAUUACUGCAGUAACAUAAAUAAAAAGAAAUACUAUAUUCAUAAUAAUAUGGCACAUGGACCCGUAGUUCCUUUUAAAAUAGAAGAUAAUAUAUUGAUUGGAGAAGAAGAUCCAAUUAAUGACACAUGCAUCAAUGUCGGAGAAUCAAUUUUGAACGCAUUUAAAUCCAGACCGGAUUUUAUUGGCCAAGUGGAUGCAAUAACAGGAACAGAAAAUACAUUCCAGCAGAUGAGAGAAAGGAGCGUAAAAUGUGCAUUAUGGCUGCAAAAAUUAGGUGUACAACGCAAUGACGUUAUAAUAGUGUAUUCUCACAAUAGUUUGAAUACUUAUAUACCGUUCUUAGCGACUCUGUACAUCGGGGCUAUUUUGUCUGUAUGGAAUGAAAGUCGAACGAUGAAUUUAAGAUACUUCUUGGUGGAAAGUAGGCCAAAGAUAAUUUUUACCGAUUUGGACAAAACUCCGUUUAUUCUGAAAAUGGCAGAGAUAAUGAACAUUUCUACAAAAAUCGUAAUUUUUGAAGAAGAGGAAAAAAAGGAAGGCAAAGCAAAUAGAGAAAACAAAUUUAUAUCUAUGGAAUCAAUAUUAAACAGCGCUUUUAAAAAUACUGAAAUCGACAAAUUUUCUUGCAUAGAAUUGAAAAGUAGCAAAGAUACCGCGAUGAUAAUAUUUUCCUCUGGUGUAACUGGUACGAUUCCCAAAGAUGUGGUAAUUCCUCAUGCAUUUUUCACAGCACCGUCAAGUCAUGAGACACCCGUUAUGGUAUCCGAUGAUAUCGGCCUAUGGAUCACAUCCUUAGGUUGGAAUAUUAAUUUUCUCUUGACAGUUCGUGCUGUACUUUCCUACGUGAAAGCCAUUAAAUUUCAUGGAUUGUUUAACAGGGAUGAUGGAUCUUUUUUAUGUAGCUUGAUAGAAAAGUAUAAGGUAACUUGGCUAUUUCUUGAAACUAAAAUGUGUUCCCAAUUUUCAGCAUUUGACAUCUUUGAUAAUUAUGACAUCUCUUCCUUGAAACAAGUGCUAAUUGGCGGUAACCCACUUCCAUAUGAUAUUUAUGAAAACUUUAUCUAUGCGUUUCCAAAUGCCUUUGUUAUUCAAGUAUAUUGUCUGCCUGAAACAGGUGUGAUCGCUUAUCAGCGAAAGAUAAAAGAAUUCAUAUUUACUGUGGGUAAAAAUAUUCACUUAGUAUUUGUUGACGUAAACAAGUAUCAACCCGUAAAAGCAUACAACAUUGGCGUGCUUUGGUGCAAAUCUCCGUCUUUGUUAAAUGCCUAUUCUAUAUCUACCAUGUUGACAGUUACUGAUGACAAUGGAUGGUUCCGUACCGAAGAUGUGGGCUAUUAUGAACCAAAUGGUAGUUUCUUCAUUCUUGAUCGAGGUGAACAUCUUAUAAAAUUUAUAAACCAUCAGUUUUCACCGGUAGCACUUGAGUUUAUACUAACAUGUCAUCCGGAAGUAUUAACAGCUGCUGUAGCACCUAUAUGGGAUAUUUUUGAUGGGCAACAUUCAAUGGCGUUAAUUAUACGAAAAAAGAAAUCAAAGGUGACAGAAGAGGAGCUGAAGCAAUACGUUGUGAAAUAUUCGAAUUGCAAUUGCAUGCAUCUUCAUGCGGGCGUAGUAUUUGUCACAAGCCUUCCAUUUCUUCCAAAUGGAUUUUUUGAUCGUAAAGAAAUUUCUAAAAUAGCAAACGAAAACUUCAAUAGAAUAAAAUUAUCUGGCCUUCGCGAAACAUUUAACUCCAAUAUCUCUAACAAAAUGACUACAAACGACUCGAGGACUUUUACUGUGGAAAAUAAUGUUUACAAGGGGAAAAUAAUAUCUACAUAUAAUUACAAGAGUAUUGGAGAAAUAAUGUGGGAUAAGAUUAAAAGUCAUGGCGAUAAAAUUGUACACUUGGACGCAUGCACUGAACAAAUAGUUACAUAUGCUGAGUUACAAGACAAAAUCGUAAGAUGCGCGUUGUGGCUACAAAAGCAAGGAAUUAAACCCAACGAUGUUAUCAGUGUGUGCACAAGUAAUCAUCUUAAUUCUAUUGUACCCUGCUUGGCAGCAAUUUAUAUCAAUGCUAUAUUUAAUCCGUGGAACGAAAACAUGGACUUGAAAAACACGCUGCACGUCAUGCGGCUUACUACUCCGAAAGUAAUAUUCUGCACCGAGAAGUCCAUAAACGUUAUCUUGAGGGCGAUAAAAGAAAGUAACAGCAAUCCUACUAUUGUGAUUUUUUGCGAUCGCAAUUUUGAUGUAAUUUCAUUUUCCGAUAUUUUGAACACGUACAGCGAUGCGGAAGUGGCGACUUUCCAAUAUAUCGAGUGCAAUGACAUGAAAAAAACAAUGUGCAUCGUGCAUUCGUCAGGCACCACGGGGCCGCCAAAAGGCGUUGAAAUAUCCAAUUAUAGUCUGUUGAAUAUAAGCGAGGUUAAAUACAUAGAUUUUACCAAUGCAGUGUUGAUUUGGUUCUCAUCACUUUAUUGGAUAACUGGAAUAAUAAUGAAUUUGAUGGCGAUCGCUCAGGGUGCCAAAAUAAUCAUUUAUCCGGAAUUCGAUGAAGAAAUGUUGUGCCUAUUAAUCGAAAAAUACAAGAUAACUACAACUUUUCUAAGCACAAGCAUGAUGAACCGGUGUCUCAAAGCGGGUUACAUAAAAAAAUUUUCUUUAUCAUCUUUAAAAGUCAUAACUUUCAGUGGUGCAAAAAUUAAUGCAAAAGUACAAGAAGAAAUAAAAUGUAUCUUACCACAUGUCGAAAUAGUACAAGUUUUUGGGAUGACAGAAUUAGGUGGAUUCGGAUCAAUCCAGUGCUCGAAUCAUAAGAAUGGAUCUUGCGGAACAGUAGUCCCGUAUGUACAAAUGAAAAUUGUGGAAAAUGGAAAAGUUCUUGACCCAAACCAAUUGGGAGAAUUGUGGAUAAAGACGCCGACCAUGAUGAAUGGCUAUUACAAAAAUCUUGAAGCGACAAAAAACAUUGUUGAUGAACAAGGAUGGUUACAUUCAGGUGACAUUAGUUAUUUCGAUGAAGAUGGAGAACUCUUUGUUAUUGAUAGAAUAAAGGAACUUAUAAAAUACAGAGGAUACCAAAUUUCACCUGGAGAAAUCGAAAGUGUCUUAAUAUCGCAUCCAGGAGUAUUUGAAGUCGCAGUGACAGCAGUUCCUCAUGCAACAGACGAUGAACAUCCUAUUGCUUAUGUCAUCAAGGUGCCGGGAGCCGAGGUGACGGAACAAGAAUUAAUAGAUAUGGUGGCAAAUAGUAUGAUGGAUCAAUACAGGCUUCGUGCUGGAGUGAUAUUUCUGAAUGCUUUACCACGUACAAGUUCAGGAAAAAUUGCGAGGAUAGAAUUAAAAGCUAUGGCUAAGAAACUAGCUGUGGAAUAAAAAAGGACUAAUUAUAUGAUUAAUUAUAUGACUAAUUAUAUUUUUUAUAAUUAUUAUUGUAAUAUUACAAAGUUAUAAUUUAAUCUUUUCCGUAUAACUAAACAUUUAUAACAUUUAUACAUACAUAUAUCGUUAGAAAAUUCUUCCUAAAUUAUAGAUGAAUAAAAAUGGAUUAAAUACAUAUAUUUAAAGACAAUAAAAAAUAGUGUAUUAAUAUACACAAUAGAGUAAUUCAUUUAUCUUUUAAUCACUCAAAAAUAGAAUGUGUAACUAAACAGGUUUAGUGCAUAUUAUAAUCUGUAUUUUAUAUAUUUUGUAUAUGUUUAUGAUUUGUGUGUUAAUUCAAAUAAAUAAAAUAAAUAAAAAGA